UCCCUGCCUUUCCCCAAACCUAAACAACAGUGAUAUUUUUCUGCAUAUGUCUCAAAGGCCUACCGUUCCUCACUCUUCUUCCAUAGCCUGUGGCCUCCAUUCCCAUCUCAUGGUCUCAAGUGAGAUGAACCCUAAUUCCAAUUGGUCCUUUUCUCUUUAAUUCCCAUUAGUCCUUCACAUCUUUUCCUAACAACAAUCUUAUAAUCCUGCAAAAUUUUCGAUUCAUUUGAUUCUUUCAAAUCUACUAACUUAAAACUCUUUUGCUUCGUUCCCAUUCUCGAGAAAAAAAAAAAACACAACAUCAUGGGUGUCAAAGGUUUCGUUGAAGGAGGCAUCGCUUCCAUCAUCGCAGGAUGUUCAACCCACCCUUUAGAUCUCAUCAAGGUUCGCAUGCAGCUUCAGGGCGAACCCAACCCGGUUCAUAACCUCCGACCCGCACUCGUCUUCCAAACCGGAUCCUCCAUCCACGUGGCGCCUCCUCCGAUGCCGCAAACUCGCGUGGGCCCCAUUGGUGUUGGCGUUCGUCUCGUCCAACAAGAAGGCAUCGCUGCUCUUUUCUCCGGCGUCUCCGCCACCGUCCUCCGCCAGACGCUCUACUCCACCACCCGCAUGGGCCUUUACGACGUACUGAAGACGAAGUGGUCCGAUCCUAACGGCGGCAACAUGCCGCUGUUACGCAAGAUCGAGGCCGGACUGAUCGCCGGCGGCAUUGGCGCCGCUGUUGGAAACCCUGCCGACGUGGCCAUGGUCCGAAUGCAGGCCGACGGGAGGCUCCCGCUGGCUCAGCGGCGCAACUACAAGUCCGUCGUGGACGCCAUAGUCACGAUGGCGAAGCAGGAAGGGGUGACUAGCCUGUGGAGGGGUUCAUCGCUUACGGUGAACCGCGCGAUGCUUGUGACGGCGUCGCAGCUUGCGUCAUACGACCAGUUCAAGGAGAUGAUUCUCGAGAAGGGCGUGAUGCGCGACGGACUAGGGACCCACGUCACGGCGAGCUUCGCGGCGGGGUUCGUAGCGGCGGUUGCGUCGAACCCGGUGGACGUGAUAAAGACCAGAGUGAUGAACAUGAAGGUGGAGCCCGGGGCGGAGCCACCGUACGCCGGCGCGUUGGACUGUGCUCUGAAGACGGUGCGCGCGGAGGGUCCCAUGGCACUCUACAAAGGGUUUGUACCUACGAUUUCGAGGCAGGGACCCUUCACUGUUGUGCUGUUCGUGACACUGGAACAGGUUCGCAAGUUGUUCAAGGAUUUCUGAGCGAGGUAGAUCGAUGAUGACGAAGAUGCUUCCUUUUUAGUAUGAAGAUUUUUUAGCGCUUUGUUUUUUUCCGUUAAGUUAUCAAGCUCUGUUUUAAUUUAAUGUUUCGAUGCCGCAGUUGUGGAAUGGUAAUAUUAUAUAAUAUAAUUUACGUCA